AUGAUUCCGGAUUUUGUUAAAAACUUAUCAGAUGAACAAUUUACAACAGACGAACUAAAAUUGCUGAAUAAGGGUUUUUCGUUUGCAUUACAACCACAAAGUCAAGUAGCCGUUGAUGCAGCGUUAAUAAAUAUUGAAACGGCACUAAAACAGUUGGAUGAUGAUGAUGUGAAGGUACAAAUUCGUUGCGAAGCUGCCGAUAAAAUCAACAAUCUUGAAUUAUCGAAGCUUACAGGGGAAAUGAGUGACAAUUGGAAAGCAACAAAGAGUUUAAUUGAGAAAAAAGACCGUGUUGUUUAUACAAAGGCAGACAAGAGCAAUAAUAUUGUGAUUUUGAAUAAGUCUGACUAUAUUGAGAUUACCGAAAAGUUCAUUAAAGAUGGUCAAUAUACCGAAGUGAAAAAAGAUCCUUUACUAGGUAUGAUACGAAGAACAAAAGAUGCGGUAAAACGAGCAGCGGAAGUGAUUUCGAAUGGAAAAUUUUUAACAAGGAAGCUUCAUGUUUCAAAUCCUGUCUUGCCAAGAUUAUACACACAAUUGAAACUUCACAAACCUGGUCAAAAAGUACGACCAAUUACAUCAAACAUAAAUGCACCAACCGAAAAAGUAGCGCAAUAUUUGUUGGAUCGUUUUAAUGAAAUGCCGAAUAAGUUUGAAAGUGCAGCAAUUAAGAACUCAAUCGAAUUUGUCGAUAAUGUCAAGCAUUUGGAGAUUAAUGAAAAUGAGAUACAGGUGUCUUUUGACGUUGAAUCUUUGUUCCCGAAUGUUCCAAUGAACAUUGUUAUGGAUAUGCUGAGAGAUUGGUUAAUUACAAAUAAUUUACCAAAGGAUGAAAUAGAACAACUUAUUAAUCUGACACAUAUUUGUAUGAAUGAGAAUUGGUUUCAGUUCAAUGAGAAAUAUUUUCGACAAGAUUUUGGCUGUUGUAUGGGUUCACCAUUAAGCCCAUUUCUGGCAAAUUUAUUUAUGUCUAACUUGGAAACAAAACUAAAAGUUGAAAGCAAUUUUCCUCGCAUUUGGUAUCGUUACGUCGAUGACGUUUGGGCAGUAAUCAAAAGACAGUCUGUAAGAAGUUUUUUAAACAAACUAAAUAACACUGGUUACCCCAGCAUCAAAUUCACACACGAGGAAGAAAAGGACGGGAAAAUUAAUUUUCUGGAUUUGGAAAUUUCCAAUUUGACAUCUAUAGAAAAGCAACUAAUACCAGGCGUUACAUAA